GGCUUACAAUCGCGAGUGACUCUUCCGGUUUCCCUUCGUUCAUGCACCACAGCGCCACCCAACUAUGACCCUGCCCUGAUCUUUGACCUGUUUUGUACUUGACCAGUUCCAAUAAGUAUGACAAGUACAGUAAAAUUUCCCACCGUACCGGUGAAGGUAUCCUUGUCCUACAUGCAUGAAGCGAUAGAGUAUGGCAGUCCACGGUGACUUCACUACUAUAAAAUGCAUACCUGCUUUCUUCGACAGUUGCCAGCUCUCUAGCUUACUCACCACACGGGACAAAUCCCCUUCUCUGGAUCAGUCAGUCUGCAUGGUUAGACUCGACGGGUCGGAAAAGAAAGGAAGGAAUCGAGUGGACAGUCUUGAGUUUUCACAGGCACUUGAAGUACUUUGCGAUUGUCAUGCCAGGCAAGAAGCGAUUUUUUGCUGGGCUGUCGUCAGAUCAGAUUUGGUUUCAGUGCAGGUAAUAAAUGGAGCUCAGCUUAACCAUCCAGGUUUCACGACUGUCAGGAGCUCAACUUGUUUAUUCUCUGGCCAUUUGCAGACGAAGACGAGUGCAAGUGGAGGCAGCAGAGGCAGGAAGCAGACGCGUGUGAGGGAAGACCUGGACCAGAAUCUUGGGUACCUGUGCUGGAUGGAUAGGUGGUAGAAGUUACAUGGGUAUUCACAAGAAGAAACACAAUACCGAAAAUCAUAGAGGAGCAGCAAGGC